AAUUUCACUGCGACGAUGCGCGCAUGCCACAAGCUGAUGUCAGUGCGACAACAAAGCUCGAAGCAAAUGUCGACACCAAUUCGUCCGACAAGGAAUCGCGUACACUAAUUGUCGCGUCUAAGUUGUUACGAUUCAAUUUUUCCGAUUCAAUUGACACGAUCUUAUCACGAUCGGUUGAUUAGAGCGCCUAUCGCCGAUCCGAAUCGAUCCGUGUAACGAGAUAGACCCGUUGGACGAGUCUAAGGUAGUCGAUUGUGUUACAUAUAAACAGCUGAAUUAAGUGGAAGGACGUAAAGUGACAAUCGAAGAUGAAGCUGUUCGCGCUGAUCGGAUUCUUGACGAUACUGUCCGCGUGCCAUGGGUACAGGAUCCUUGGAUUGUUCCCGCUCAAUGGGAAGAGUCACUUCAUGAUGUUCGAACGACUGAUGAAGGUUCUCGCCAAGAAGGGACACCAGGUGGACGUGGUCAGCACGUUUCCGUUGAAGAAACCCUUUCGGAAUUACAACGAUGCGCUCGUCGUGUCGGCACCCAGACAGUUCAUCAACAACAUAACAUACCUUGACAUGUACACCAUGUCAGCUAUGUCUGCGAGCAGUAGUGUCGCUAACCUUGCCGGGAACGAGGUCUGCGAGACUUUGAGCGACCCUAGGAUUCAGCAACUUGCGAAGAACCCGCCGAAAGAUCCACCUUACGACGCGGUGAUUGUGGAGGUGAGGAUACUAAGUUACCGAGCUCGUGCGUUAUAAUAUUAUAUAUUAUGUGAACGUCGAGGUCAAAAAUUCUAUCAAUAACAAAGUUGUUUGAUCCGUGGUAACCGAAACUAGAAAGUACAAAUUUAUAUUCGUCGACAGAGAAAUGUCUACGAUAUUCGAUUUAUUUAACCCUUUGUCUGCGAUGUACUCUCGGUUAGAGCCGCGCUCGCCUCUCAUUGGCCAGU